CCUCCCUUUAAGCUAUUUGAUUAGUCUCAUAAUUUAAUUGGUUAAUAGUGAUUAGAUUUUCUCUCUCUUCCUCUCUCUCUCUCCCUCUCCCUCUCUAGGUUAUCGUUGUUGUUGAUGUCUCCUUGUUUAAAGGAGAUCUUCAAACGUUAAACAAAGAGAGGAGGAGGAAGGGGAGAAAAGAUGGCGGCAAUGAACUCGUUAUCUUUUGGAGUUGUUGCAAUUAUUGCCGUCCUUUACGCUGUCGUUUUGCCCAUGGCUCAUGCGACCAGGUUGGCUCCAGCACCGGCACCGGCACCGGCAUUAACAAGCGAUGGGACAGCAAUAGACCAAGGGAUUGCAUACGGUCUGAUGUUACUGGCACUAGUGCUCACAUAUCUCAUCCACUAAAUUGUACCGUCCGAUGAUCGAUGAUGAUAGAGAUGGAGGGACAUGGACGGUGUGAUUUGGUGUUUUAAAUUUAGGGCGGGUGUGAUGUGAUGUGGUGUAAAAUCAGAAUCCAAAUUGGGUAGAGUAAAUUUAUUUGAGGAUGUAUUGCUAAUUUGGUCAGGUUCUUGUUAAAUAUUCUUCCAAGUAUAUGGUUCUCCAACGUUAAAUCUCAUCAACUAGUACACUAAUUUAGUAAUUAAUGUGGUAAGGAAUCAUCAGCAAUUCCUUUCUCAAAGAAUGACGAAGGUUCAGAAGGAGAGGCUAUGGGCAGCGCCAUCUUGUAGGCGCGAGUCUUUAGAUGCAUGUGUUUUGCCCACGCAGUUAAGAGAAAAAUUGUCCCUCAUGUAGUUUACUUGCUUACUGUGAUGUUAGAGAAAUCAACUAUUUGAACCAUAUUCUGUAAACUAUACGUGCUAUAGCGGUAAAUGGUUGGACUUCUU